AUGCCCCCGUAUGCCCCAUUAUCGUUUGCUUCAAACUUCAGCAAUUUAUGGGUGAGACUCAAGUACAUCGGAGACGGGGACCUCCCGACCCGUGAUUAUGUUGCUGAAGAGCUGAUAUUGCAAACAUCAUGGCUGAAUGUGCAGCACAUAUACUCCUUCAUUGCCCUCCCCAGUAAAUGGGAUUUUGAGCUGUGUUUCACCGAAGAGGCGCCUCUAUGUCGCUUCUUAGAGAUCUCUUUUUCCAACGCAUUACAUCCGAAAUGGAAAGACUGGCAAGUGGAGUCUUCUGUCCAGGUAGAGGUAGUGACUCUUGUUGUUAAGUUCUGGAGUGGAAGGAUUCCAGACCAAGAUAUCGAGCUAUAUCUUAAAAGGUACUGCGAGAUUCUUCAACCCCCAGUCAAGCCAGUGGAUAAAUUCGGAUUCUGGUACGGAGUGCGAAAAUACAAAGUUCGGAUGCGUAGAGACGAAGCUGGACAUAUAAUCUCUAUUCCGAACUCCAUCUCGUUGGGCCCCUACAAUGGCAGGAUUAUUUAUCCGGGCCAAUCGGUGAGGUGUUUCAUCUGCCAAGGUCCAGACCAUCAGGCGAGAGAAUGCCCCACUGUCAAAUGUUGGAAAUGUGGUGAGUUGGGCCACAAGGCUAAAAUUUGCCAAAACGAAAGUGAGUGCUCCCUUUGUGGUGCGAAAGGGCACACCUUCUUUAAAUGCCCCAAGUCUUUUGUGAAUAUACUUAAAUCUUCCCAACAACCUCGACCUUCUGCCACCAUGGAUUUCCCUUCUUUGGUGGAUCCUUCCCAAGUCUUGGAUCCCCCCGUGAAUGACCAG